AUGCUUUGUUGGUCUUUUGUUCGUGUGUGUGUCUCUCUCUGUCUCUCUCUCUGUCUCUGUCUCUGUCUCUCUCUGUCUCUGUCUCUGUCUCUGUCCUCUCUCUGUCUCUCUGUGCCUCUCUCUGAAUCUCUCUCUCUGUCUCUCUGUCUGUCUCUGUCUGUCUCUCUGUCUCUCUGUCUCUCUCUUCUCGUCUCUGUGUGUCACUCUCUCAUCUAUUUUCAGAUGGCUCCGCGCAAGCUCCGCGACUUGAUCCAGCGCGUGCGCAGCGCCAAGACGGCAGCGGAGGAGCGCGAAAUCGUGCAGAAGGAAUGCGCAGAUAUUCGUACGUGCUUCCGCAGCGAGGAGCGCGAGUACAGCGCCCGCAACGUCGCCAAGCUCCUCUACAUUUACAUGCUGGGCUACCCCGCCCACUUUGGCCAGGUUGAAUGCAUGAAGCUGGUGUCAUCCAACCGCUUCUUGGACAAGCGCAUCGGCCAUCUGGGCACCAUGUUGCUGCUCGACGAGGAGAAGGAGCUGCACCUGAUGGUGACCAACUCACUCAAACAGGACAUGAACCACAAGGUUCCGUAUGUGGCCAGCAUGGCCCUGUGUACGCUCGGCGCCAUCGCAUCCCGCGACAUGGCUCGCGACUUGGUCGGCGAGGUUGAGAAGCUGAUCAAGUCCUCCAACGCCUACAUCAAGAAAAAAGCCACACUUUGUGCCGUCCGCUUUAUGCGCAAGGAUCCCAUGCUUGUCGAAAACUUUCUCUCCUCCACCCGCACUUUGCUUUCGGAGCGUCACCACGGCGUCCUCAUCACAGGCAUUACCAUGAUUGAGGAAAUUGCCAUCAAUGAUCCCGAAGCACUCGGCCACUUUCGUCGCUGUCGCAUUCUCCGCCUCUUGCGUAUCUUGGGCAAGGGCGACAUGGAAGCUUCCGAGGCCAUGAAUGACAUUUUGGCUGAGGUGGCAACCAACACAUCCAGCACAACGAACGUGGGCAAUGCCGUUCUCUACGAGGCCGUGCGCUGCGUCAUGGAGAUCAAGGCCGAGAGCGGCUUGCGCGUUCUGGCCAUCAACAACUUGGGCCGCUUUCUGCUGAACCCCGACCGCAACAUCCGCUACGUGGCCUUGACAACGCUUCUGCGCGUCGUGCAAGGUGGUGAACAAGGCGCCGAGGCCGUCCAACGGCACCGUGCCGUGAUUGUAGAUUGCCUGCGCGAGCCUGACGUAACCAUUCGUCGCCGUGCAUUGGCCCUGGCGUUUGCCCUCAUCAACUCGAAUAACGUUCGCUCAGUUGUGGCCGAGCUUCUCAGCUUUCUGGAGGUGGCCGAGAAAGAGUUUCGCGCCUACAUGGUCACCGAGCUCUUGGUGGCAUCGGACAAGUUUGCGCCCACCGCCAAAUGGCACGUCGACACUCUGCUGCGCGUGCUUGAGCUGGCCGGCGGUCAUCUGACCGAGGAAGGCGUGGCUGAGGUUGUUCAGAUUAUUGCCGAGAAGGACGACUUGCAUCGCUAUGCUUCUCAGCGCCUUUUUGUGGCCUCGUGCAAGCCCAAGCCAUCUCAACCCUUGUUGCAAAUCUCUGCUUGGUGCAUCGGCGAGUUUGGCGAUCAGUUGAUCGCUGGUGGUGCCAUUGAGCCUGAAGAGGGCGCAGAGCCCAUUAUUCCCUCGGGCGAGACGUUGCUGGAGCAUCUCAAGGGUAUCGUGCAGCACCCCAGUCAUGGCCUGGCAACCAAGGAGUAUGCCAUGAACGCAAUCAUGAAGCUGUCGGUUCGCGAUCCAAACUUGGCUGGCAGUGUGCGCAACACGUUGGAUCCCUUCCGUCGUGCGCACGACGAGGAACUUCAGCAGCGUGCAACCGAAUACUCUGCCGUGUUCUCUUCCUUUGAUCACAUGCGCGCCGCAUUGUUGGAGCGCAUGCCCGUCGCGGAGAGCAAACAACACCGCGUCAUCACAGACCAGGAACCGACUCCGCAAAUCGCAGCACCGGCCGAAGCUGCAGGCGGCGGAGAUCUGCUUGACUUGCUCGGCGACUCUGUCCCAGCUUCAACUUCCGCUCCAACGGGCAGUGCCGAUAAUGGCUUGUUGGAUCUCUUGGGCGGCGGGGCACCAGCGUCUACAAACACACCCAUGAGUGGCGGCGACGGUGGUCUCUUUGAUCUUCUCGGUGGUUCAACUGGGUCAACGCCGGCGGCGCCUCCCAGCAGCAACGGCGGUCUUGAUGAUUUGUUGGGCGGCCUGUUGGGUGGGUCCUCUACUCCAGCCCCAGCCGCGACCUCUGCCCCCUCCAGCGGUGGCCUAGAUGAUUUGCUUGGUGGCCUGGGAGGCGGCUCUGCGUCUGUUGAGCCCGCGUCAAACGGCGCCGAUCCCUUUGGUGGAAUGUUUGGGGCUGGCUCACAGGCGCCGGCCGCUCCUGUUCCUUUUGAGGCCUUUCACGAAGAUGGCUUGCGACUCAUGUUUGCAGCCACCAAGCAAGCAGACGGUCAGAUUGUGGUGGACAUGGUUGCCACCAACAGCACCAUGAACGCACUGACAAACUACAACCUUCAAGUGGCAGUACCUCGGUCAUUUACUGUCCAGCUACAACCAGCUUCAAGCACCACUGUGCCUGCAGUCAACUCGGGCCAAGUGACCCAGAAGGCAUAUGUCACAACGAGCGGCGGAGCACCCCUGAAGAUGCUGUUGCGUAUUAGUUACGAGAACGAUGGCAUGCCCAUUAUGAAGCAACACCAGGUGGCGUAUCUGUACCGCAAGCUGCGUGCGCCUGGUUUCAAGGUCGAAGGCAAGCAUGCCGUCAUCACCGGCGGCUCUCUAGGCCUCGGCCUGGAAAUUGCCAAGAAGUUUGCCGCGGCUGGCGCCAACGUGACCAUCAUGGCUCGCAACGAAGCCAAGCUCAAGGCCGCCGUGGAGGAAAUCAGCCGCAACAAAAAAGAUCUCAGCAAGAUUUGCUACGUGCCCUGCGACGUGACAAACGUCGAGGCAGUCAGGGAAGCUCUGACCCGUGCUACAUCCAUCAAUGGUGCCAUUGAUUAUUUGAUUUGCAGCGCAGGCAUGGCGGCGCCUGGCUACUUUUUGGAGUCUAAGAUUGAGACUCAUCGUCAGCAGAUGGAUGUCAACUACUUUGGCUGCGUCAACAUGGUCCACGCAGCGCUGCCCGACAUGAUCCAGGCCAAGCGCAAGCCCACCAUCAUCCUCGUCAGCAGCGCCGUUUGCUUUGGCAGUUUUGUGGGCUAUUCACAGUACUCUCCGUCCAAAUUUGCCGUGCGCGCCCUUGCUGAUGCCCUGCGCAACGAGCUCUUGCGCUACGACAUUCGUGUGAUGAUUUACUUCCCAUCCAGCAUGAACACCCCUGGUUUUGAGAUCGAGGAGCUCACCAAGCCCCAGGAGACGCGCGACAUUGAGGGUCAAAUGGGCCUCAUCGAAGCGGACCAGGCAGCGCAAAAGUUGAUCGACGGCAUCGCCAGCGGUGCUUACAGUGUUACCACGGAAGCUCUCGGCGAGUUGGCUCGCAUGGGCACUUGUGGUAUUCAGCCGCGCGAAAUGCCCCUCCUCGAAAUUUUGGUGGCACCAAUUUUCGUGGUUGUAGCCCUCGGAUACCAGGUCUACAUGGACUAUACGGCGCGCAACGGAGCUGGCAAGUCCAAGAAGGAGUAAGCUUGAUGACGGCCCAGGGCUGGGGCGACAAAUUGAGAGAUCUUUGCGCCAUAAAUUCAUGAGUGAAACG